CAUACUAUUUAAUAUUGGUCAUGUGUUUUAACAGGUUAAUCGAAAUAUUUAAUAUUGGUCAUGUGUUUUAACAGGUUAUUUCGAUAAUUGCUGCCAAAAGCCAAUCCGUGUCGGAAAAUCGGAAAAACCAAAUUUGAUGGUAACCAUUUAUUUAUUGCGGAUGCUGCACCUAAAUAAAUAUUGAAGAACAUUUACUAUCUUCUCGAACGCAUUGCGGCUGACGCACUAAUCACAACCAUGUCAACAUUGUGGUAUAGAGCGGAAGGUGUAAUGUGCAUCGUUUAGCUGAUUUAUUUUAGUUAGGCGAAUCGUCUAGAACUCAUUUCGACUUAAUAAACGUAGAAAUUGCUACGGCCUUGAAUGAAAUAGAUAAAGUUUACGUUUUAGAUAAAUACACGAAUCCGUCGAUUUUAGUUCCUAUAAAAUGUCCGAGUACGAUAUUAAAAACCUAGAAGAGCUCCUGGCGAGUCACUUGCACAGAGAAAUCGUAGAUAAGAAGAUAACGCGGCUAACUGCACCAGGCGAAAAUUAUGGCAGUUUGAUGCUGAAAGUGGAUCUCACAGUGAAAAAUGGUGAUAGGACGGAAGAAAUUCAUGCCGCAGCCAAAUGCGUUCCACCGAAUGAAGCAAUACAGAAAAUGUUUAACACUCAAGUGACUUUUAGAAACGAAAUCGCCUGGUACACGAUAAUUAUACCGACGAUACAACGGUUUUUACGCGAGAACAACGUACGGUUUUCCGCCAACUUUUUUACCGAAUUGUACGGUGCCAGGAUCAGUCUAAACAAGGAUAGUGCAACGGUGGACGAAGACGGCGUUAUUCUGUUUGAAAAUCUCACGAAGUCAGGAUACCGAAACGACGACCGCCACAUUGGUUUCGAUUUGUCUACCGCCAGAGAAGUUUUAAAAGCCUUCGCAGUUUUCCACGCUGUUCCAGCUGCAAUGAGGCUUAAGCAACCCGAACUUUUCGAUAAUAAUAUAAGACCACAUUUGCACACAGUAGAAUUCUUUAAUAAGGAAGAGUUUCCCCUUAGCUUAGGGUUUUUAAAAUUUCUUGAAACGGAUGCUGUGGUGAAGCAUCUAGCAGAAAAAGUUAAAACAGCGAUAGAUCGGUGCAAACCUUUUGGUACGGAUGAUGUUCAAGAUAUAUGGGGUACGACAACCCAUAAUGACAGUUGGAUCAAUAAUAUAAUGGUACGGGACAAAAGCGAACCCAAAGUCAAGAUUGUGGAUCUGCAAGCUGUAAGCUUGGGUUCACCUGCUGCCGAUUUGGUUUUUUGUUUGAUAACAUCGGUAAAUACGGCAGUGUUGGAGAAACAUUUCGAUGAACUAAUUCAGUUUUACUACGACCAAUUUAUUUACGUUAUCAAAGAGGUCGGAGUUGACUACCAGCAAUUCCCCUACGACAGUUUCGCCAGGGAGUUAAACGCCCAUGGUCCGGCACAAUUCGCGCAUUGUGUUAAUUUUCUGUGCGGGAUUUUGGCAGACAAGGGUGAUACUCAAAACGAUCCGGUAAAAAAGGACUAUAAUCUGGAGGAACACAUGAAAGCCUUAGGAGAGAUAUUUACCGAAAGGCACCAGGAAAGAUUCAGGUUCUUAAUUAAAGAAUUUGCCCGAAGAAAUUGGAUUUGAGUAUUUUCAAUUUUGCACGGUUUAAUGUAAUAUUUGAAAUUCACUGUUGAAACUCGCAAUAUUUUAAAAAUUGCAUUAACAACAAUUAACAUUUUAAGCAAGGUGGAGAACCUUUAAUAUUCAAAUAUACAACAAAAAAAUAUAUUGAUUCAGUAAUUAAAAAUAAAUAUUUGCAACAUAGUAAUGAUGCAUAAUGUAAUCAGUCAAGGUUUUCUAAACACUUCCUUAUUUUGUCUCAUACAUUGAGGACUCUAUUAGAGCUGAUAGAUUGUAUUACCGUCAAUAGUUAAGACGUAUAUAUAUAAUAUUUGUUACAAAUCACAAUCCCCUAUCAAAGAGUAAAUCGCGCACGAACCUAAAUAUGAACCAUAACCUUAAUUUUUUUCUCAUUUACCCGUGAAAAUAAUUGUGGACAAUCACCUAGUUUUUUUUUCUAUUGCCAGUCGUUUCCGAGAUGUCCAUCAAGGAUACUAUAGGGACAUUCUGGUAAUCCUGAUAUUUUAUAAUAAGUAGACAUGAUUCAAUAAUAACUAAAUAAAAAGUUUUGGUUAGUUUUGGUAGAGUAUUUGGUGCAAUUGUUUUUUUAACUUAUAUGGCUAUUCACUUCAGUUGUUACCGUUAGUAUAGAAAAUCUUCUAUUUGGCUAAAAUACACGUUAACCUUUUACGUUGUCACUUAAAAAUGAUUACAUUUAUUAAACGAAUUCAAAGAUUAUUUAGUUUUGGUUAGUACAGAACUAUUU